AUGCGUAUCGAUACGACGCUCCAAGCAAGCGGGUUCCGGCCCCGGAGAAGACAUGAGAAAUCUCGGAAUGGGUGUCUUAGAUGUAAGCGGCAACGAAAGAAGUGCGACGAGUUAAGACCGAGUUGCUCUCGAUGUACCAAUGGCACGUAUACAUGUCGGUAUGAGAGCUGUCCAAGUGAUGGCACCCUGUCGAAGGAGCAGACGUCGACCGGUUCCCCGAUUCCCACUUCGCACGUCCCAUGUUCAAGUCCCAGUAUCGCAGUUCCAGGCCCUGAGUUGCCAUCUGCAUCGCCGGAUGAUCGUCUUUCGAUCCCCAGCCUCUCGUCGGGUGGACGAUCUGCGUCUAUUGCAAGUUCCAGUACAGACAGAGAAAGUGUCGUAUUGGAACCGGACUCUCCUAUUGCUCUUGACGCGAGAGAACUGGAUCUUCUAGCCCACUACCUCACGCAUACUAGCCAAAUCAUACCGGUCGACGAUGUGGACCACUACGCUCUUUCAGUGGGAGUGCCAAACCUCGCCUUCAAAUGCAAGGCGGUCAUGUCCUCCCUGCUAGCCUUGGCUGCAGCGUGCAAGUCCCACGAUCUAGCCAAACAGUCCCAGACGUCUCCAAGCCGCCAGAAUCUAACUGAAAUUGGAGAGCUGCUGGACCUUGCAGAGCGCCAUCACCGAUCUUCUCUGAGCCACAUCCAGGCGGCCAUGCAGAGCGCGGAUUCGUACGACAGCAUCCUCGCAAAUGCGGCGUUGAUGGUCUUGUACGUCUCAGCCAGUCAUUCUGUCCGGAUCCAUCUUGCGGCCACCGCAAAGCAGUGUGGGCGACGUCUGCCAAACGAGGUGCUUCCGCAGCACUCGCAGUGGAUCUCGUUUACCCGCGCAGCGCAUACAGCGUCCUCUGCAGUUUUGAACGAUGUCGUCGGCGCCGCGGAGAGAGACCUAACUGCGACUACUGGCGCCGUUGUAGAUGCGUGGUCGAAAUCGUCCGGAGCGGCCGGAUCUAGCACUGUUGUCUUGACGCCACAGGACGGUCCAUCAGAGAACACGAAGCAAUUGUUUCUCCCUAUAGUCGCAUCGACAUAUCGUCGAGCCCUGGAAACGCUCCACAGCAGACCUGACGCUGCGGCGGCUCUUUUAAAAGGGCCCGACCCGUCUGAUUACAAGUACGUCCAGCUCCAGGCGUGCUUGGAAAGUGUGUCCGUGCUUGAAAAGUGUGCAUCCGCGGCUCUGUCUGAAAGAGGCAACGAGAGCGUGGACGGCCCAGAAAGCCAGGCUUUAUCAUUUGACGGACUUUCUAGCGUCUCACCGUGGGUGGCACGAUACAUGAUCAGUGUCACAUCAAUGAAGUCGCCGCGGGUCCUCCGUCGGAUUAUCAUGUCGUUUUUGACCAAAGUGCCGGCCGAGUAUCUCUGUCUGGUCCAGUCGGUGCUCGAUGCACCCGCUACGGAGGUGAGAGCUCAGGAUUGGAUGACACGGGACUCAGCCAGGACGGAAGUGCCGUCGCUCAGCGAGACGCAUCUCCUGGCCAUGGACAUCUUUGCGCAUUGGCUGGUACUUGUCAUGUUACUGGAUGGGGUGUGGUGGUUAGGAGAUACUGGGGAGUGGGAACUCGGCCAGAUUGUCUCAUUGAUGAAGGCUUGGAAAUCCUCAGACCAGUCGGCAGAUACUGGAGGAACCUGGUGGCCUGAGAGUAUGUACUUGGUGAAACGGGAGCUCACCCAUAAUGCCCGGUAA